AUGAAGCCCCAAAGCCUGGGCACAGCUGCCCUGCAGCUGGGUCUAGGGCUGCUGCUGCUGCUGGCCACAGGCUAUACAACCACCACCCUGACACCCCCCAGUGACACAAUGACCACAGCACCUCAAGGGGACGACACCACCCCGACAUCCCCCGAAGGCACCACCACCCCCGCACCUUCCAGUGGCACCCCCACCCCCACACCCCAAGGGGACACCACCACCUCGACAUCCCCCAAAGGCACCCCCACCCCCACACCUUCCAGUGGCACCACCACCCCCACGCCCCAAGGGGACACCACCACCCUGACAUCCCCCGGUGACACCACCACCCCCACGCCCCAAGAGGACACCGCCACCCCCGCAUCUCCCGGUGACACCACCACCCCCACGCCCCAAGGGGACACCACCACCCUGACAUCCCCCGGUGACAGCACCACCCCCACGCCCCAAGGGGACACCACCACCCCAACAUCUCCUGGUGACACCACCACCCCCACGCCCCAAGAGGACACCACCACCCCCGCAUCUCCCGCUGACACCACCACCCCCAUGCCCCAAGGGGACAUCACCACCCCAACAUCUCCUGGUGACACCACCACCCCCGCACCCCAAGGGGACACCACCUCCGCGACAACCCCCGGUGACACCACCACCGUGGCACCUCCCAGUGACACCACCACCCCUACGCCCCAAGGGGACACCACCAACCCCACACCCCAAGGGGACAGCACCACCCCGACAUCGCCCGGUGACGCCACCACCCCUACACCCCAAGGGGACACCACCACCCCGAUAUCUCCCAGUGACAUCACCACCCCUGUGCCCCAAGGGGACAUCACCACCCCAACAUCUCCCGCUGACACCACCACCCCCACGCCCCAAGGGGACACCACCACCCCGACAUCCCCCGGAGACACCACCACCCCGGCACUGCCUGGCGACAUCACCACCCCAGCACCCCAAGGGGACACCACCACUGUGGCAUCUCCCAGUGACACCACCACCCCUGUGCCCCAAGGGGACAUCACCCCAACAUCCCCCGGUGACACCACCACCCCGGUACCUCCCAGUGACACCACCACCCCAGCACCUCCCGGCGAUGCCACAAGCCCCGUGCCCCAAGGGGACACCACCACCCCCGCGCCCCAAGGGGACACGACCACCACAGCACCUCCCGGCAACACCAUCACCCCCGCGCCCCAAGGGGACACCACCACCCCUGUGCUCCAAGGGGACACCAUCACCCCGGCACCUCCCGGAGACACCACCACCCCCACGCCCCAAGGGGACACAAUGACCCCAGCCCCCAAAGGGGACACCACCACCUCGGCUACACCCGGUGACACCACCCCCCCCGCACCCGAAGGGGACACUACCACCUCGGCAGCUCCCGGGGACACCAUCACCCCAGCACCCCAAGGGGACACCACCACCCAGGCACCUGAAGGGGAUACCACCACCCUGGCACCUCCCGGCGACACCACCACCCGAGCACCCCAAGGCAACACCACCACUGUGGCACCUCUCGGUGACACCAGCACCCCUGCGCCCCAAGGGGACACCACCACCUCAACAUCCCCCGGUGACACCACCACCCCGGUACCUCCCAGUGACACCACCACCCCGGCACUUCAAGGGGACACUAUCCCCCCCAUACCCCAAGGGGACACGACUACCCCGGCACCUCCCGGGGACACGACCACCCUGGUACCUCCCGGCGAUACCACCACCGCUGCGCCUCAAGGGGACACCACCACCCCGGCACCCCAAGAGGACACCACCACCCCAGCACCCAAAGGGGACACCACCACCGCGGCACAUCCUGGCGACACCACCACCCCUACACCCCAAGGGGACACCACCACCCCGGCACCUCCCACCGACACCACCACCCCCGCACCCCAAGGGGACACGACCAACCCGGCACCCCAAGUGGACACCACCACCCUGGCACCUCCCGGCGACACCACCCCCCCCGUACCCCAAGGGGACACGACCACCCUGGCACACCAAGGGGACACCACCAUCCCGGCACCUCCCGGCGACACCACCACCCUGGCACCCCAAGGGGACACCACCACCCCGGCACCUCUCGGCGACACCACCACCCCUGCGCCCCAAGGGGAUACCACCACCCCGGUACCUCCCGGCGAUGCCACAACCCCUGCGCCCCAAGGGGACACUACAACCCCGGCACCUCCCGGGGACACCACCACCCCGGUACCUCCCGGCAACACCACCACCCCCGCGCCCCAAGGGGACACGACCACCCCGGCACCUCCCGCUGACACCACCACCGCUGCGCCUCAAGGGGACACCACCACCCCGGCACCCCAAGAGGACACCACCACCCCAGCACCGAAAGGGGACACCACCACCCCGGCACAUCCCGGCGACACCACCACCCCUACACCCCAAGGGGACACCACCACCCCGGCACCUCCCGGCGACACCACCACCCCCGUGCCCCAAGGGGACACGACCACCCCGGCACCGCCUGGAGACACCACCACCCCCACACCCCAAAGAGACACCACCACCCUGGCACCGCCUGGCGACACCACCACCCCAGCACCCCAAGGGGACACCACCACUGUGGCAUCUCCCAGUGACACCACCACCCCUGUGCCCCAAGGGGACAUCACCCCAACAUCCCCCGGUGACACCACCACCCCGGUACCUCCCAGUGACACCACCACCCCAGCACCUCCCGGCGAUGCCACAAGCCCCGUGCCCCAAGGGGACACCACCACCCCCGCGCCCCAACGGGACACGACCACCACAGCACCUCCCAGUGACACCACCACCCCGGCACCUCCCGGCGACGCCACAAUCCCCGUGCCCCAAGGGGAUACCACCAGCCCUGCACCUCCUGGUGACACCACCACCAUGGCACCUCCCGGUGACACCACCACCCCCGCGCGGCAAGGGGACACAACGACCCCAGCACCCAAAGGGGACACCACCACCUCGGCUAUUCCCGGUGACACCACCCCCCCCGCACCCCAAGGGGACACUACCACCUCGUACCUCAAUAUCUACGGCUGCCCAACGUGCCUGAAUGGGCAGAACUACCUGGGAUUUACUGAUCUGCGUUUCAGCCAGGGCUCGGUGGUGACUGAGUCCGUCCUGCGGUACCAAGUGAGCAACACCAGCAUCAGCGCCACCGACAUUGAGCAGCAGCUGAGGAAUAGUCUGAACAGCCAGAACACCACACAUGGGCUCCGGCUGGACAAUAUCCGUGCCAACUGUGACAGCUCUUCCCCAGCCACCACAGCACCAGCUCCCCUGGUGCCUGGCUGGGGCAUUGCCCUGCUGGUCUUGGUCUGCGUUGGGCUGGUGCUGAGCAUCCUCAUCUUCAUCCUGCUGAUCGUCUGCUCACGUCUCAGGAAGAACCGUGGGAAGCUGGAUCUGCUCAGCUCACAGACCUUGUACGAGCCCAGGAGCGAGUACCCCAGCUACCACACUUAUGGACGCUUCAGCGCUCCCGACAAGAAGUAG